AUGGCCAACUCUCCUCACGGUGGUAUCCUGAAGGAUCUCGUCGCCCGCGAUGCUCCCCGCCACGACCAAUUGUCCGCGGAGGCGGAGAAGCUGCCCGCCAUCGUGCUCUCUGAGCGCCAGCUGUGCGAUCUUGAACUGAUCAUGAACGGUGGCUUCAGUCCUCUGGAGGGCUUCAUGAACCAGAAGGAUUUCGAUGGUGUCUGCGAGAACUGCCGACUUGCCGAUGGCAACCUUUUCUCUAUGCCCAUCACCCUCGAUGCCUCUCAGGAGACCAUUGAUGCUGGCAAGCUCCAGGCCGGCUCUCGCGUUACCCUGCGGGAUUUCCGUGAUGACCGUAACCUGGCCAUCCUGACUAUCGAUGAUAUUUACCGUGCCGACAAGGCAAAGGAAGCCAAGCUGGUCUUUGGCGGCGAUGCGGACCACCCCGCUAUCAAGUACCUGAACACCAAGGUGCACGACUUUUACAUCGGUGGAAAGGUUGAGGCUAUCAACAAGCUGAACCACUACGACUAUGUCGCCCUCCGCUACACCCCCGCGGAGCUGCGCAUCCACUUCGACAAGCUCGGCUGGAACCGAGUUGUCGCUUUCCAGACCAGAAACCCCAUGCACAGAGCUCACCGUGAGCUGACUGUCCGCGCCGCUCGUGCCCGCCAGGCCAAUGUCCUGAUUCACCCCGUUGUCGGUCUCACCAAGCCCGGUGACAUCGACCACUUCACUCGUGUCCGCGCUUACCAGGCUCUCCUGCCCCGUUACCCCAACGGAAUGGCCGUCCUGGGUCUGCUGCCCCUGGCCAUGCGUAUGGGUGGUCCCCGCGAGGCCCUCUGGCACGCUAUCAUCCGUAAGAACCACGGUGCUACCCACUUCAUCGUUGGUCGUGACCACGCCGGUCCCGGUAAGAACUCCAAGGGUGAGGAGUUCUACGGCCCUUACGACGCUCAGCACGCCGUCGAGAAGUACAAGGACGAGCUGGGCAUCGAGGUCGUCGAGUUCCAGCAGGUCACCUACCUGCCCGACACCGACGAGUACAAGCCCAAGGACGAGGUCGCCGCCGGCACCAAGACUCUGGACAUCUCCGGUACCGAGCUCCGUAACCGUCUGCGCACCGGCGCUCACAUCCCCGAGUGGUUCUCCUACCCCGAGGUUGUCAAGAUCCUCCGUGAAUCCAGCCCCCCUCGUGCCAGCCAGGGUUUCACCAUCUUCCUCACUGGCUUGUUGAACUCGGGCAAGGAUGCCAUUGCUCGUGCUCUCCAGGUCACCCUGAACCAGCAGGGCGGUCGCUCCGUCUCCCUGCUGCUGGGUGACACCGUCCGCCACGAGCUCUCGUCCGAGCUUGGCUUCAGCCGUGAGGACCGUCACAAGAACAUCCAGCGCAUUGCGUUCGUUGCCGGUGAGCUUACCCGCGCCGGCGCUGCCGUCAUCGCCGCUCCCAUCGCUCCCUACGAGGAGUCUCGCAAGGCUGCUCGCGAGGCCGUGUCCCACCUGGGUGGUUCUUUCUUCCUGGUCCACGUGAACACUCCCAUCGAGUACUGUGAGAAGACCGACAAACGUGGAAUCUACGAGAAGGCCCGCCGUGGCGAGAUCAAGGGUUUCACCGGUGUCGACGACCCUUACGAGGCCCCUGCCAACGCCGACCUCACCGUCGACGUUUCCAAGCAGAGCGUCCGCAGCAUUGUGCACGAGAUCAUCCUCCUUCUCGAGACCGAGGGUUACUUCGACCGUCUUGCAAAAUGCAAACCGGACAAACACCGCAAACACCCGCAGAACUUCCUCAUCGCCAAACCGGCGGAAUCUACAAGUUCCUCGCAACUCCGCCAGCACAGAAAGACGAAGCAUCGCAGAAUGCUGCCACCUCAAGCUGCACUCGGUCGGGUACCGGGGGCCGCCCUUUUAUUACGGCCCCGAAGCCAUUAUGGCCUGCGCCAACCGUCUCGCCCCUUCACGCACAACUCCCGCCUCUCUCUCGUCUCCACGCCAUACAGCCGUCCUCAGCUGCCUUUCCUCUCCCCCGUGACGGGCACUCGCCCUCAGCCGCCCCUUUCUAUUCACCUUCGACAGCAUUUUGCGCGGUUGAUAUCGACCGAGAGCCGGAACUACUACCGCCGACGGAUUUCCCGGGGUUUUCGAAUCGGUCUGUCGUUCUACGCGAUCCUGGUCUUGUUCCAAGUCAUGAAGCUCGGGGUGCACCAGGAACAACUCGAGCACCAAUGGCCCACUCCGCCGGAGUGGUCGUGGAAAAGCCGCUGGUGUCUCCGUUCGGCCGAGGCGCAGCAGCACCCCGAGCAGAUCGGUCAGCUGUUGGCCAGUUGGCCGAUGGUUGCGGCAUACGUGCGGGAGCUGAUCGAGCGGUUGGAAAACCCCGAGAUCGAAGGACAAGGCGUUGUCGAGCAGAGCGAUGGCGGGUUCUUGGUUGAAGGCGUGGGGAAGACCGGCUUCGACAUCACUGCCAAGAGUGAGCCGUGGAGGAGAGGGUAUCAUCAGGCCCUGAUGGGCGCUGCCAGGGCGGCGGAGAAUCUCGACGGCUGGAUGACGGAUCGCAAGCGGCGCAUCUCCGCGCCGGCGGAGUACGUCGUCGGGCCAUCGAACCCUCGUCCGAAGCCCAUGCCCUUGGGCCAGAAGACCACGCUGCACGAGGAGGAUUGUGAACCGGCCUCCGCCGGCCCCGAGACCUUCUACAUGAAGAUCCUGACGACGCGGGGUUUCGACACGAGGCAGAAGCUCGACGCCGCGCUCGCCUACGCCGAGUGGCUCAACUACAAGGGUCUCCAGGAUACCGCCAGCGACAUGUACAGCUGGGCCAUGGACAUUGCGACCUCCGCGUCCCCCAUCGAGGCCUCGAAAAUCGUGGACAUGAAGACAGGCGUGCUCAAGAACGACGGCAAGCACCUACCCUCAGAGAACAUCCUGCGCGUCUCCACGGCGCUCGCAGUCCAUCACGCCCGUCAGAGAAACCUCCCCGUCGCCCUCUCCCUCUUCACCUCCGUCCUUCGCGCCCGUCGUGCCCUUCCUCCGCCCGGACCAGACUACGUCUUCCCCACCACCCCCUGUAUCCCUAAAUCCUCGGACCCGUUCCGCGCCCUGUUCAACGCCCUGAAAACCGUCCUCAUCCCCGUCGAAUACCCCGCGGCUCUCCCCUCCGGCGACGAACCCCCCGUCCGAUCCCCCACCGCCCCCUGCGACGAAGCCGGCCUGAUGACCUACAUCGGCGAGAUCCUCUUCGCGUCCUCCUCCCCUGAGACCGGCCUCGCCUGGACCCGCGACGCCGCCGACAUGGCCGAGUCCACGAUUCUCGACCUCGGCGGUCCGCAAUCCCUCGAUGCCCAGCGCUGUACCGAGUGUCUGCGCGUCGGCCUCGAUAACUGGAAAACGAUGGUAUCGCAUCUCCUAGCGCAGGCGAAGAAGGACGAAACCGACAGUCUCCAGAACGCCGAAAAGGCGUGGUUCGGUGGCCAGAAACGCGCUCAGGCCAAGUCCCUCGAGCGAAAGCGCUGGGACGCAGAGAAGCUGAUCCUCGAUGAUCGCAUUAAUCAACUCUGGCCGGCCCUUGACGGGGAACCUGGACUGGGCUCCAUGGCGCCGAAUGCUUCGUUGUUUGCGUGA